AUGACCUACAAUGUGUUACUCUUAUGUUGUCUUAAACAGUUCCCAGUGGGUCGUAUCCACCGGCAACUCAAGACCAGAGCCUCUGCUCACGGGAGAGUCGGUGCCACCGCUGCAGUUUACAUGGCCUCAAUUCUCGAGUACCUAACUGCAGAAGUUCUGGAGUUGGCUGGGAACGCGAGCAAAGAUUUGAAAGUGAAGAGGAUAACCCCAAGGCAUUUGCAGCUCGCCAUCCGAGGAGAUGAGGAGCUCGACACUCUCAUCAAGGGUACUAUUGCUGGAGGAGGUGUCAUCCCUCACAUCCACAAAUCCCUCAUCAACAAAACCACCAAGGACUGA